ACGUGAAGUUUUUUCAUUUCCGACGGCACUUAUCAUAAGUUUCACAGCAUAGACCAGAGAUUCGGAAAUAUUUUUUUUCUCAAGAGAUUUCAAAGGGAAAUUGGUUGCAUUUUAUGCCAAUGUUUACAUAAAUAUGCACGCUUUUUUUCAUUGUUUUUAAGUCGUGACUUAUAAUAGGAAGUGCUUAUUAAUUUCUGAACACAAUGGACUUUGUGUUGGAUUAUUCCCUGACCAGACGAAGUUGGAAAAAAAUCUAUUGUGCUCCGUCACGGACUUUUUUCUUAUUUUGGCUGCUAACAACGCAUGCGACAGGAGUGGCUUCCAAACAGCUAGAAAUACCCAAGCUGCCCUUGAGGCAUCUUCUUCCCAAGCCUUCCUUCUCAUUUUCCAAGUUUUCCGGCUUAUCCGUUGUUCCUCCUGCAGCACUUCUGAAUGGUAAACAAUUCAUCGUUGAGCCGGUAACUACUAGAAAUGUCACUACACAAAUAGGACAGACUACUUAUCUCCACUGCAUUGUUGAUAAACUUGAAGACAAAACGGUGGGUGGCCUACAGCGUCAGGUGUCUUGGAUUCGACUUCGAGAUUUUCACCUGCUGACUGUUGGAUUGUACACUUACACUAGCGACUCAAGAUUUCAAACUAUUUACAACGAAUAUGCUACGGAUUGGACUUUACAAAUAAGAUAUCCACAACUGUCCGACGAAGGAUUGUAUGAAUGCCAAGUAAGCUCAGACCCACCAGCUAGUCAUUACGUCUAUCUUAAAGUACUUGUGCCUAAAACAAAAAUUCUUGGUGGAGGAGAUUUCUAUGUGAACGUUGGCAGUGAAUUGAAUCUGACUUGCGUCAUCACAGACUGCCCGGAGCCUCCCGCUUUUGUGUUUUGGUAUCGUGAUAGCAGAAUGAUCAAUUACGAUACAGCGCGUGGAGACAUCACAGUACAGAAAGCCGGUAAUGACACUGCUAUUAGUCGUCUGCGUAUCAAGAACGCCCAGACAUCUGAUUCAGGCAAUUAUUCGUGCUGUCCAUCCAACGCGGACGCUGCGAGUAUCUUUGUCCACGUGUUAAAAGGAGAAAAGCAUGCAGCAGUCCAAAACGAUGCUGCAUCCACUUCGAAAUCCACUCGUUUUGCACCAUAUGUGGGCUUACUCAUCGUGUUCCAGCUCAUUUUCCUGACUGUAGUCCGGAUUUGUGCAAGGUGACACCAAACAGAGGACGUUACGCCAUUAACUAAGUUCUCUGUGAGAAAUCAGACAUCCUAUUCUUCAUUCUACGUUUUGUUUCAUAUUCCAUGUUCCUUUAUACUUAGUAUUUCAUUGUUUUCCUAUGCAAAGAAAUCUCAGGAAUGAUUUUUGUGAAUUCAUUUUGUGUUUGUCGUGAUUUGAGUCAAGUAGAACGUUUACAGUUGCCUGUGUAUCCGUUGUGUACGUCACUUCGUUUUUGAUCCUUUCCAUGAGAGAUUUCUUCAAGUACCUUAUUUAUAUUUUCUUUGUAUACACAUAUGUGUACUGUCCUAUCUGAAACAUGAUUGCAUAUCAUUAUUCAUUGUACUUAUUUAUUUUUCGUACUUCUACUCAUAUGUGCUGUACAUAUUUUAUUUAGUAUGCCUUACAGUGAAAGAAAUGCCUUGCUGAAGAUAUAUUUUUUGUUUAGUAGCGCAAAUUAGGUCUUAUAUAAGAUAUUUUUCAUUUUAAAUUAUUGACAAUAUUCUGGUAAUGAUGUGAAACUGCUUUUUUUGCAUUGUUUACUUCUAUUGAAAACUGACUGCAUUGCAUCAAAUGUUCAUAAUACUCAUUUUAACAUCCCACAUCCAACCUUGAACAACAUAUUAUGUUCUUUUCUAAAAGCUGCCAUCGUACUUGUAGACUUUGAAUCAUUCAUGCCAAAAUUCAUCUCGAAAUUCAUAAUACAAUAUUGGUCUAUUGA